AUGCAUCUCGCAACUCAUGUGAAUCCAGAAGAAGUUAUCGAACAACUUCGCAAUGACCCCGAAGAGAGCCAUCGACGGCACGUUUUCACCCUCAACGCUGUCGCAACCAGAACGGCAUAUUCCACUCGCUACGCAAGCAGCGAGGAGAUACCGAAGUUUAGAAUACCUCAGCUAGGGGCGUCGGCAGAAGCGGUGUAUCGUCUUUUGAGAGAUGAGCUGGACCUAGAUGGGAUUCCGAACUUGAACAUGGCGAGCUUCGUCGGCACUUUCAUGGAGCGCGAGGCCCAACAGCUGCUCGUCGAGAACAUCAGCAAGAACCUUGCAGAUGCGGACGAAUACCCUGCCCUGAUGGACCUUCAUGCCCGGUGUAUUUCGAUGAUCGCGAACAUGUGGCACCCUCGACCUGGUGAGCAGCCCAUCGGAACAGCCACUACGGGAUCCUCGGAGGCGAUUCAGCUAGGUGGCCUGGCAAUGAAGCGACGGUGGCAGGAAAAGCGGAGGGCGGAAGGGAAAGAUACAUCGAAACCCAAUAUCCUGAUGGGAGCGAACGCACAAGUGGCCCUGUUGAAAUUCGCGAGAUAUUUCGAUGUUGAGGCAAGGAUACUGGAUGUUUCUGAGAACAGUCACUACCGGCUUGACCCAAACGAUAUCAAGAAGAACGUGGAUGAAAAUACCAUCGGGAUCUUCGUAAUCUUAGGCAGUACCUACACCGGGCACUAUGAACCUGUCGAGGAACUAUCCAGAAUUUUAGACCAGGUGCAAGAGGAACACGGCUGGGAUAUACCUAUCCACGUUGAUGCAGCAAGUGGUGGCUUCAUAGCACCUUUCGUACAUGCAGGAGCCGGUGGUUCUAAGUGGGACUUCGAACUUUCCCGUGUCCACUCAAUUAACGUGUCGGGCCAUAAAUUCGGCCUUGUGUACGUUGGACUGGGAUGGAUCAUUUGGCGUGAUCGCGCCUAUCUGCCAAAAGACCUCAUCUUCGAGCUGCAUUACCUUGGAGGAACUGAAGAGUCAUUUGGCCUGAACUUCUCUCGCCCAGGGAUCCAGGUCAUCGGCCAAUACUACAAUCUCAUCCGCCUGGGCUUCGAUGGGUACCGCGAGGUGAUGGAGAACUGCCUGCAGAACGCUCGGUUGCUGAGCAAGGCUCUUGAAAGGACCGGAUGGUACGUUUGCGUUAGCGACAUCCACCGCAAAAAAGGCGAUUAUCGCUUCCGGGGUGUUGGCGAGAUCCAGCCGCACAGGCCAGGAGAAACCUCGGCGGAUUACAACGAAGGGUUGCCUGUCGUCGCAUUCCGGUUCUCCGAGCAAUUCAAAAAGGAGUAUCCAGACGUGAAACAGGAGGCCAUAAGCUUGCUGCUCAGAGCAAAGCAAUAUAUUAUUCCAAAUUAUCCGCUACCGCCUAAAACAGACAACAUUGAAAUCUUGCGCGUUGUCGUCCGUGAAAGCAUGUCAGGAGACCUAAUUGACAAGUUGAUAUCGGACAUAGUCGAAGUCACAGAGAGGGUGAUGACUUCCGAGCCCAUAGAUGUUGCAGUCCUUCAGAGCAGGCCGACCUCCCUCGCACGUCGUCAUGGAAGGCUGGAAACGAAGCUUCCCGCCAAAAAGAUCACUAAAGUCAAGGCUGGUGAAAAGGCCUGUCAUCCAAUGGCAAAAGGUGGCCAUCGUUCCGUGUGCUAA